AUGCCGGAGUCGAAGAACGCCGCCCGCGUCGUCGGUACCUGUGAGGCUCCCCCGGCCCCGGCGCUCAGCUUCCGGGUGCUUGCCUUUGCCCUGCUGGGGCUGGUGGUGAACGCUCACGGCGCGUGGCGCGGCCGCCGGGACUGGGUGCUGCGGUACGACGGCAGCUUCACGAGGACGCCGAUGCAGCGGACGCAGCGGCAAGGUGAGCCCGGACUGACCGUGACCCUAGGUCUCGGGGCCGUGCACGGGUGCGCGUCGGCGGCCGCCUGCCUGCUGGUGCUGGCCGCCUGCUUCACGGCCAAGCGCUGGCUGUCGGUGCCGGCCCUGCUGCUGACGGCCUCCGACCUGCUGGCCGACGUGUCCGACGCGGUGGUCGCCACCGUCUUGCUGCUGUCGUACUCCGGACUCGCGCCCGCCCUGGUGUACGCCUUCGUCGCCACACUGGUCAUAGCACUGGAGCUGUUCCUGUGGCUGGGCGUGCUGUGGUGGUACGAGCAGGGCCUGGCCGUGCACGUGAAGCAGCUGGAGCGGCGCCUCGCCGGGCGCCAGCCGCCCUCCACGGCCAGCUCGGUGUCGUCCAUCACCACUUUCACCGACUUGUGA